GCACCACCUCAUACCUCUCACAUGUGCACUUCUCCCCGAACGUCCACCCUCAUCAACCCCCGACAAUGUCCUCCAAGGACUCCCACCUCUACAACCAACGCCCCCACAACCUCAAGCACGGCAAGGAAAUCUCCUCCUCCAACAGCCUCUCCUUCACCUCCCACCUCAGCUCCCUCAUCAACGCCCCCACCGCCCGCCCCUCCAAACCCACCUCCGCCCGCCUCAAACCCAAGAAAGACGACCUCUUCCGCAAACCCAACCGCAACACCGCCAAGCGCGCGAAGCUCGACCUCGACGACUCCGCCGACAGUCCGGCGUUCCAGCAGAAGCACACGACAGAUGGCGAGGGCGUGGACAGCGAGUUAUUGCGGCGCAGCAGGAAGAAGAUGGAGGAGAAGGCGCGCCUGUAUGCCGCUAUGAAGCGAGGCGAUGUGGACGACGUGGACGAGAAAUACACCGUCGACUUCGACCGGAAGUGGACGGAUGCUUACGAUGCCAACGACAAGGAUAACGAAGAUGACGACGAUGACGAUUCGGAGUUCGAUGAAACAGACAGGGAAAUCAUCACCUACACGGACGAGUUCGGGCGCACGCGAACGGGAACGCGCCUCGAGGCCGCACGCGUCCGGCGCGCCAUGGCCGCCCAAGAAGAUCUGCAGAGCGACAAGUACACCGCCCGGCCGUCUGCGCCUGUGAACAUCAUCCGCGGCGAUACCAUCCAGCACGCUGCCUUUCAACCAGACGCCGUAAUAGUGGAUCAGAUGGAGGCGUUGGCGCGGAAGCGCGACUCGUCACUUACGCCUCCGCCGGAGGAGCAUUUCGAUGGUCGGAAAGAAGUGAGGAGCAAAGGGACGGGCUUCUUCCACUUUAGCGGUGAUGGUGACGAGCGGAAACGGCAGAUGGAGGGGCUGGAAGCAGAGAGAGCGGAGACUGAACGAGUGCGGUCAGAGAGGGGGAAGAGGAAGGCGGAUGCGUUUUUGGACGAGCUGGGCGCGGAGUUGGAUGGGAGAGGGACGGCCGAAGAUGGAAAUGCUGCACCAUGAAGUUCAUGAUACCCUAUUAUAGUUCCCCAAUACGACCUCGAAACGCCCAAGAGCCUUGUUGACCUUUCUUGGCCCACCUGACCAAGCCC